UUGACACCGGAAUGUACAUACAAUUUUUGUAUAUUAUGUAAAUAAUAACAUCAAUGAUUAUAUUAUUGUAAAAUUUUAGUGACGGUAAUGGAUUCGACAAUUUUUCGUCGUGAAACAAUGUCCGUGUUGUUUACGUGUAGUUCUCCAUUUAACAAUCUGCUUUUCGUCGUGAGAGACCGAUAAUAAACAGAAAACAAAAAAUUUGGUCGUCACCAACCACUACACGCUAAACCAGUUAUUUAUUUGCUUUACAGAAGCUAAUAAUUUCCUGGUUACCAGUAAACGUGUUUCCUUAUUUUUUCUGUUUGUGCUCUUUUUUUUUUCUGUCUUCAUAACGAUGAGUGACUACGAUUCUGACACCAAUUCGUCGGAUUCGAGUUUUCUAAAAGUGGAUUUUUACGAAGGUGAGUUGUUAACGUUAAUACCUACAAUAUGGUGGGUAUUUACUACAAUACUACCUAUUGUAAUAUGUGACUAUUAUAAAAAAUAAUCUGAAAGUUUUAUUUUUAUGGCACUUUUUUCAUUCACAUUACAUUACACUAGUUGAAUAGUGUACCAUCAUUAAUACUCUUUUACAUAUGUCGCUGCUACCAAUUAUCGUAUCAUUUGACACUGCUGUUCUUUGCAAUACAAUUUAUUCGUUCAUUUCACAUGAUGUAGACGCAUACAUUUACUGUUAUUGUCAAACUGUUAGUUAACCUGGGUUUUGAAAGAUUGAAAUUUCGAUUAUAAUUUACAUUUUGAUAUUUUAUCAUCUCAUUUGAUUUUACAAUUUGUGGCCGUAUAAGGAAAUAAUAUUGGCUUUUGUACCUAUGGUUGAUAUUUAUAUUUUAAUUUGUUAAACUAAUAUGAAAACAACAUAGUGAUAGGCUGUUUACUUAAAUAGCCAAAACAGUUUCUAGCCGCGGUCAAUUAACUCAGUAGGAUCAUUCAUAGCCAUACACAUUAUCAAUUUUUAGUUCUGCGGAUGCUUAGCUGUUUAGGCAACGCCCUAUGUACCUAAUAUGUAGGUACAUAAUGAUUUUAAAUUUAAUCACUAUACAAUUAUAUACUCCACAGUUAUAGAUGGACUUUAAUAUAAGUAGAUAAUAGGUUAAUUUUUUUUUUUUAAACAAAAAGUAGUUUACUAUUUUAAUUAAUUUGUAUGUUAUGUUUUUGUCAAUAUUUCUAUAGGUACAUAGGUAACAUUCAAGUUCACAUAUAUAUCUGAAAAACCAUUAGGUAUGUAAUUAAAUAGGUACUUUUUAUGUGUAAAAUAGUUUCAUCAAUUUUAAUUAUUCAUUUUUAUGUGAAUUUAACAUUUGGUUUUUAAUUAAGUUUAAUAUAUUAAAUGUUCAUUUAAUAAUUGUAAAAAUUUAGGAGUAUUUUUUUUCUAGUAGUUAUUAUAAAGAUUAACAGAUAGUUAAAUAUUCAUAAGUAGGUGAGGUACUAUUCUAUAUUAUUAUUAGGCUUUAGGACUUCUAGUCCUAAAAAAAAUGUAAAUAUGUUUUAAAAAGAUUCAAGAAUGCACUAAAAUAUGCUCUUAAAAUUGUUCUACUGUUUUACUAUAUAAUAGUCUAUUGGAAUAUGUAAUGCUAUGCGAUUUGCUAUCGCACAUCAUUGCAUAUGAAUUUGAACAAUGUAAAUUUUAAAAAAAAGUGUCUAUAAUACACCCCAUACAAUAUAUGAGUAUAUAUUAAAUUUUCUUCUUCAUCAUUGGUAUCAUCACUUUGCUGGUACUUCCGAGAAAUAAUAUAAAGCAUGGAUGAGCAUUUAUCGUAUUUAGCAUCUCAUAAAAAUUGCAUGGCACAUGCAAUUAUAAUAUUGACAAUUGUAGAAGGUGCAUAGAUCCUUUGGCAAGUAAGACAGUUACUUUUCUUUUCCACACUCCAAACAUCCUUUCAAUUAUAUUUCUGGUUCUUGUUUGUGCUUUGUUGUAUUCCCACUCUGGUAUUGUAAUAGGGUUACUCAAUAGAGUAAAAGAUAUGGAUUACAAGCAUAACCUAAAUAAAAUAAGAUUUCGUUAUAUUUAAUAAGAUUUGGAAAAUAAAUGCUAAAUGUUUAUAAUUUGAAAAGAAAAAAUAAUAUUACCUCCAUCUGCGAGUAAUAUCACAUUUUAUGUACAUUCAAAAAAAAUGUAUUUGCAUCACUUCCACUGAAAAUAAAACUAUUGUGAUAGCCGUGAUGAUGGUCCGUAAGUCUAAAUUUACAAUCUAAAAAUCAAGAAAACAUGUCAAAGAAAAUUAUUAAAAUUUAAAUGUUUACAAUAUGAUUUAAGAGGAUGUCGCUUCAGUGAAAUAAUUAAUAGAUGCCUAAUUACAUUAUGACAAGAUUAAUUUUAACAAAUUUAGUAGAAAAGGGCAUUAUAUGAGCAUUUGAGAAAUAUUUAUUUUUAAGGUGUUGGUUUUAUUUGUUGUAAUAAUUUAAGAAAAUGUUUGAUAGAAACAAAAAACUUGAAAUUUUUUUUGAAUACAUAAUUGAAAAUUUGAUUAUCUGUAAAACCCUAAAGCUGUUAAAAGUUAUUAAUUUCUUUUAAGAACCUAUAAUUUUAAGUAUAGAUCAUUUAGAGUAUAUUUUCAAAGUAUACUUAGAACCCGUUUACAUUAAAAUAUUUAUACCUUCUGGAUGUCUUCUCUUCAUGUUCUUCAUCAGGAGCAAAUUGUGUGGAAUCAAUUAACUGAAAUAUGUUAUCCAUUGCAAUUAAAAUAAUACUUAUAAUGGUUAAAUAUAUACUAAUAAAUAAAAUAUAAUUAUAAUUAAAUAUAAUAUAAUAUAUUAUUAUAUCAAAAGUUACAAGCUUGCUAAGGGCAAUCAAUCUUGCACUUAAAUUUAAGGAAGUUCUUAAGUGUCACCUAUGCAAAUUUUAAGUGCUAUAAAAAGAUACAUAUAUUUAAGUAUUACUUAAAUAGCUAUGCAUACAAGGGUAUAUCCUUUUAUAGCACUUAAAAUUUACAUACUGCUAAAAUAUGCUCUAAAAAGCAAAAACUGUAAAAUAUGCAAGAUAAAAUUUAGAUUUAGAUUCUCUACAUGAAGAACAGUAUUUAUGUAAGACAUUGCUGUUUUUCUAAACUUUCAAAAAAAAAAAAUAUGCAAAUGUAAGAAGCUUCUAACGCUAAUUAUUAUGUAUAAAAUCUAAAUCUAAAUAAAUAGGUAAUGUAAUAUACAAACUUGAAAGGCUGUAAUAUUUACGAUUUGAAAAUAAUACAUUUCGUACAUUUUCCCGGUUUUUUCCAUUCAUUAUGAAAACUCUUAAAAAAAAAUGACCUCCUUAAAGUACUACCUCAGUAAAAUUUUCUUUUAGAAAAAGUACCAUCAUUGUAAAUUGAAGCAAACUUGCUAGUAAAAAGUUGUGUCCACAGAAAAAAAAAAUAAAUAUUACUGUAAAACCAAUACAUAUCUCGCUUUACACAGAAUCUAAAAAUAUGUUGAGCACUUAAUUCAUUUAGUUAUAAUUUUUUUUUAAUAACCAGAAAAAAGUGAAAAUUACUUUUUCAAAAUAUAUAGGCAGGUUAAAAAGUCUAAAUUUAAGUCAUUUAACUGCUCUAAAAAAAAGAAAAAAAUAUUUUAUGUAUGAAUUUAAUUACAUUUUUCUUUAUUUCCAGUUCAAAAUAUAGUGCCUGAUCAGUACAAAGAUAAAGUGGACAAACUAAACAAAAUACUACAAAAAGAAGAAAAAGAUAUUGAUCAACUAAAAAAUUUAGCUUGCAGUGAAGGGGGAUUAGUUAUAAGUAAGUAAAUAGAAUAAUUAUUUGUUUAUGUAUGUUGUUAUUACAGGUUACCAAUAUACAGAGUGAUUAUUUUAUUAUUGAAUUCAUUAUUUCCAAAAAUAUUAACUUUUUCAAAAAAAAAAAAAAUUUAAGAAACAAAUAGUAGCUCUAAAAUGUUACAUGUUUACAAAUUACCUGUUUUUGAUUUUUAAAUGUAAAAUUUAAUUAAAAAUUCCAUAAAUAUAUGAAAAUUUAGUUUAAUUUCCAUCAACCUGUUAAUGAAAUAUUGUAUUUUUAAGUUUGAGUAGAGGAGAGUAGUAGAGCAGCACAACCUUGCCGCCAUAUAAAAAUGCUUCACUACACUUGCCCUACUUAAACUUACAGGUGGAAUAUCUUGUCAGGUUUAUAGAAAUAAUAAAUAUCAACAUCUAAAUUUGUUUAUUUAUUUAUUUAUUUAUUUAACUCCAUCUAUUUAUGGUAUUUUUAAUACAGAUUGCCAUUUGAAAAUCAAAAGUAGGCAUCUAUUUCACCCUCAAAAAAAAUAGUAAUGCAAAAUUUUAGUGCUCUUUAUUUCUUAAAUUUUCAAAAAAAAAUUAAUUAAAAAGUCAAUAAUUUGUAAAAUAAUGAGUGUUCAUUGAUAAAAAAAUCACUUUGUAUAAAUAAUAAACAUUAAAAACUUUAAAUGAUUUUGCUCAUUCAAAUAUGUAAAUAAACUAUGGAUGCUAAAUUUUGAAAUCUCCAUAUUGGAACAUGAUAUUGAAUGGUCAUUUAAUAGACCAUCAGGUCUUGUACUGUAUUUUCAUCUAUCCUACCCUUUCAUCUGAUAAAGUGUUAUUCAUAAUUUUACUCUCAGUCUCUAAAACCAGGAAGAAAUGCAAGCCUAAACUAUACAUAAUAGUAACUAACAUUCAGUUUUAAUUUAGGUUUAGUACGUGCAGAAGCAUGGCAAUUAUUUCUAGGAUUAUCAAUCAAUAAUGAUAAACCACUAUUAAACUUGGAAACUAUACAAAAUCAUCCUGAAUACCAUCAAGUUGAUAUGGAUGUACGGAGAUGUUUAAAAAGAUUUCCACCAGGAAUAUCAUAUGAACAAAUUGGUAAAUUGCAAAAACAAUUAAUUGCUGUUAUACUGAGUGUGAUUGCUGAACAUAAAGAAUUAAAAUACUACCAAGUAAUAAUAUAACAAAUUUAAUAAUAAGAAAACAAUUUUUCAUAUUCUUGAACAUUCUCUUUAUAGGGUUAUCAUGAUGUUGCUGUUACAUUCCUUAUAGAAGUUGGACAAGAAAAAGCAUUUAGUAUCAUGGAGUAUCUAUCAUUAAAUCAUUUAAGAGAAUUUCUAAAGCCUACUAUGGAGGAGACCUCAUAUAUGUUAUGGCACGUGUUUCCAUUAGUCUCAAAGCUCAAUCCAGACUUAGAAGAAUUUAUAACAAAGUGAAUAUUAAUUUUAGUAAAACUACAAGAACUGUUUGAUACAAUUAUUCACUAAACUUCUACCUAACAAAUUCAGUCUCAUAUUUUCUGUUUUUUAUCUACAUCAAUGGUUUCCAUCCUAUGGUACAAUAUGGAAUAGUUCACGAGGUUUUACCUACAAAAUUAAAUAAAAUAUUUUAUAUACAUAAUAUCACAUAUUUGCAUAUUUAAAAUUCUGUAAUUUGGCCCUGUGUUAUAAAUCUGGCCUAUGCUAAAUAGAUAAUGGAUACGCAUUAUCUGAUUUGAAUGUUGAUAACUUUAUUAUUUUUACUUAUCAGUCCAUACAAAUUGUGGUCAUCCACAGCCCAUUGAAAGUUCUCUAAGUAUCAAAAAAGUUGAGUACCACUGGUCUACAUUAAUUGAUAAACUCGUUAUAUUAAUAAAAAAAUUAUAAAGAUUUACUUACUAUUACAUUUUAGAUUCAAAUAAAUUAUUCAAUUUUCCUACCAACUAAAAUUAUAGUAUAAUAUUUAUUUAAUUUGAUUAUUUUAAUUAUGUUUUAGGUCUGGUAUUGGUACAAUAUUUGCUCUGCCAUGGUUAUUAUCAUGGUUUAGUCACAGUUUAAAUCAACACAUAAAAGUAGUUAGAUUAUUUGAUUAUUUCCUGGCUUCACCAAAAGAUAUUAUUCUAUAUGUAAUAGCUCAAUUGAUUAACGCCAGAAGUGAUGAAGUCUUAAAAGCUGAAUGUGAUAUGGCUAGUGUCCACUCCAUACUAUCAAAGGUACUUAAUCCAAUUUUCAGAGAACUUGUUCAAAUUUUAUUUUGUUUCAGAUUCCAGAAGACUUGGAUUUUGAAUUAAUAUUGACCCAAGCUACAGAAAUGUCCAAGGAAUAUCCUCUAUUAACGAUCAAAGAUGAAGUUGAUCUAAGAAUCGAAUACGAGUAAAGAAAUUUCAAAUAUUAAUCCAAAUUAAUAACCUUGAAAUAAAUAACACUUUAAAUUUUAAAACCUAUGAACUUUAGAUGUAAAAUGUUUGUUUUAUUAAUGUUAUUCUAUAAUUUUAGAAGUAAUUUCUUAAAAAGUAUGCAUGAAGAAUUUGCAAUGCGAAAACGAGUAAAGAAAAUGAAACCUGCUGGCCAUGGACCACCUUUUGCCAAUGCUUAUAAUUUUGUACCCUUAUGGAGAGCACCUAGAAUGAGAUUUGGCCUCUUGUUCUUUGGAUUCAGCGUUGCUGCUGGUUUAUGGGCUAUUGUCAGAUCUAAUAACUAAAACAUAUUCCAUAUUUAAUUUGUGCUAUACACAAGGGACCAAAUAGACUGAUAUUUUACAAUAUUAUAUUGACAUUUAUGUGAAUAUUUUUACUUUUUGCUAUUAUAAUCCUGUUGUGAUAAAUUAAACUGUUAUUGUUCAUUUUUGUUUAAUAUGAUUAAAUUAUGGUUAAAUUAAUUUUUUAAAAUAAUCUGUCUUCAGAUAUUAUAUAUCAUACAGAUAUAUAUUUGUAGUGUUUAUUAUUGAAGGUAUAUUUAUAGUUAUUUUAAUUUUAUAUGAUUUAUUAUGAACUUAUUUAUUUAUUAUUAUUUAACUUAAUAUUUUAUUCAUUGUUUGUGUCAAUGUAGAAUAUCAUAAUAUGUAUUUUCUCUUUUAUAUAAUAAAUUGAUUUAUUAUUUAGAGUUAUUUAUAAUAAUAAUAAUAAUAAGUUAUUUAAAUUAAUUAGCCUAUUUUUUAAGUAGAGUGAUUUAUUGUAAUCUUUAUAUAGAACAUUGAUAAACUUCUAACUGUUUAUGCUCUUUUUAGAUUAAAUAUUUAAGUAUAUCCACUACGCAUGUAUACAAAUCAUUAAAAGCACUUACAAUAUUCCAAAAUUGGUAUAGCUUAAUGUUGAUUAACUAUUAAUACAUUUUGAAAUAACAAGUUAAUUCAUGACAUUUUUUUCACAUAAAAUGAUUUUCUACAGUAUACAUUAAAUCUAAGAUAAUGUGUUGUCUACUGUGCUUAUGAU